AUGAUUGAUCUGAGUUAUUCCAAGUUCCUUACUCAAUUACCAGAUCUGCCACAGGCCCGAAAACUGGAAAGUAUAAAUCUUGAAGGCUGUACAAGCUUCGUUCAGGUUUUUUCAUCUCUUCAAAAUCUGGACAAGCUUACUUAUCUAAAUUUGAAUGGCUGCUCAAAACUUAGAGAUUUCUUUAGAAAGGCAUCGAAGAGUACAGGGUACAUGGAAGUUGCCGCAUUGGAGGAAUUAAAAAAGUUUUGAACAACAUUUUUCAGCUGAAGAAUUUCACGUUUCUCAAAACUUUGAUCCAAAGUUUUACACGCAACUUAUCCCUCUAUUCAUCUCAGUCCCACAUUUCUCAAAAGAUUCCAUUAAAUUAAAGAGAAUUACUUUUGAGUGGGACAGCAAUAGAAGCAGUACCGCCAUCAAUUUGGUAUCUCUCCAGUCUUUUUCUAUUAGAUAUGAGGGGUUGCACAAGACUUAAAAGUCUUCCACCAGCAUUUGUAAGUUGAAAUCUCUUAGACAACUAGAGCUGGGAGGUUGCCUAAACCUGGACAAAUUUCCAGAAAUCUUAGAGCCUAUGGAACCCUUGACAUAUCUGGAGUUAAACGAAACAGGGAUUAAAGAGUUACCAGAGUCAAUUGAAAAUCCAGUUUCUCUCAAAGUAUUAUAUAUAGAAGGAUGCAAGGAACUUGAGUCUCUACCCAACAGCUUGUGUAAUUUAAAGAAUCUUUUGUUGUUAGACCUUGGGUUAUGUUCGACACUUCAAAAAUUGCCUCCUCUUCCACCCUUUUUGCUCAUCUUGAAGUUAGAUGAAUGUGAGAGAUUGAAAUAUAUACCAGAGCUUCCAUCCCUAUUAUUUAGUCUGUCUGCAAGAUGCUGCACGUCACUGGAGUACAUCUCAAAUUGGAGGGAUCCAUCAUCACAAGAUGUGAAUACACUUGACCAUAAAUUCUUUUAUGGAGAUGUUGACUUUGAUGGUUGUGAAAAAUUGGAUCAGAAUAUACGUAACAGCAUACUCGAUGUUAAACGUCCAGUACUUCAAGUUCUCCUCCGAACAAACACUACUGUCCCAAAUUCUCAUGAUUUUCUUUAUCCGGGAGUUCAAACUCAGAAGAUGCUCCUUGGUGGUAGUAGUGAUAAGAUUAGUAGGAUUACAAUCGAGAUUCAGACUUUUCGGCCAUAUUGGAAUAACUUAUUGAGUCACGCAACCUGCAUUGGUUAUGAACGCCAUAAAAGAGGGCAUCAUGUAUCUCUUUGUCUUGAAGAUAAACUCAAUUUACUCGAUUACAAAACCAUCGGUGAUGGUGAUGUUCGUUUGUACCAACAUCAUGGUUCGGCUCUUGUGGAUAACGUGGUUUUUUCAGAUCACGUGUUCAUGUGUUAUGCCACAGAACCAGGACCCACUUCUCUGGGUUGUUCGUUCAGCUACACAUUCUAGUGAACUGAGGCCAAUUGUCUGGCGACAAAAACUACACUGGAAGUAUGGCAAGAUUAACAAGUUUGGGGUGCGGUUUGUGUUGUAUACAAGGAAGACACAGAGAGAUCUGAUGCAGAAACUAAAAGUAAUUAAGAAGAAGAGAUUCUUCGCUGAAUGUUGUGAAUCAAGUGGAUGUACUGAAGCUGUUGAGUCUCAUGAGGAAGAAGACGAUGAUGAACGGCUCUUGAACAGAUGCAUGCAGAGUGAUUGGAUGUUGAUCAACCUGAAAAACAGAACAAUUCUAUAAGACAUGCUCUGGUGAUAAUUGUCAAAUCAGUGAAAGUAAAGUUGUUGGCAAUGAUAAUAUGAGGAAGAAGCAAAUCCUUUGACUAAUUCGAAGAAAAUCAAACAUAUAAUCAAUG